AAGGAGGGUGGGGUGUUGGCUGGAGAGUUUGUGAAAAGUUGUGAGAGAGCAGGAGGAAGUGGGGAGAGAAAAGUUGGGGCUGUGCCGGAGGCCCAGGACCGAGAGAUCUCAGGUGACCCCAGGAAAGUCUCAGUGGCUGGAGGGGAGCCGAGAGCCUGCCUUAAAAAGAGGGAACUGCUGAGAAGUACACUACUACCUGAGCCAGGAACUCAAGCUGCGGGUCCCACAGCCCUUCCUCUUCAUGGUGGCUUUCGUGGCCGCGUCUGCGCCCCAGCCAUGAGGAUCCGGAUGGCCGUGAGGUGGACCUGGGCAGUCAAGAGCUGCCUGCUGCUAGCGCUUUUAACAGUGGCUUAUAUCGUAGUGGAGCUCUCCGUCUCUACUUUCCAUUCCUCCCGAGGAGCCAGCCUUGUCAGGGAGCAGUGGCAAAGACAGCUCUCUGACUCUGAGAAAAAGGCAGAGGAUUUGUCUCGACCACUGUAUGAGAAGCCCCAUGCUGAUUCCUAUGCACUGGGGGAGUGGGGGAAAGCCAGCAAACUGCAGCUCAGUGAGGGUGAACUGAAGAAGGUAGAAGAGCUCAUUGAGAGAUAUGCCAUCAAUAUUUACCUCAGUGACAGGAUAUCCCUGCACCGUCAUAUAGAAGAUAAAAGAAUGCACGAGUGUAAAUCCAAGAAGUUCAACUACAGAAGACUUCCCACCACCUCGGUUGUCAUAGCUUUCUAUAAUGAAGCCUGGUCAACUUUGCUCCGCACCAUUCACAGUGUUUUAGAAACUUCUCCUGCAGUCCUUUUGAAGGAGAUCAUCUUGGUCGAUGACUUGAGUGACAGAGUUUAUUUGAAGGCACAGCUUGAAAGUUACAUCAGCAAUCUCGAAAGAGUCCGCUUGAUAAGAACCAAAAAGCGAGAAGGGCUAGUUAGGGCCCGCCUGAUUGGGGCCACUUUUGCCACGGGAGAUGUCCUCACUUUCCUAGAUUGUCACUGUGAAUGUACAUCUGGUUGGCUUGAACCACUUUUGGAAAGGAUCAGUAAAGAUGAAACAGCAAUUGUUUGUCCUGUUAUAGACACCAUUGAUUGGAAUACUUUUGAAUUUUACAUGCAGACGGGGGAGCCCAUGAUUGGUGGGUUUGAUUGGCGUUUAACGUUCCAGUGGCAUUCUGUCCCCAAACAUGAAAGGGACAGGAGGUCUUCGAGAAUUGACCCUAUCAGAUCACCCACCAUGGCUGGAGGACUGUUUGCUGUCAGCAAGAAAUAUUUUGAGUACCUUGGAACCUAUGAUACUGGAAUGGAAGUGUGGGGAGGCGAAAACCUAGAACUGUCUUUUAGGGUGUGGCAGUGUGGUGGUAAAUUGGAGAUCCACCCGUGUUCCCAUGUGGGCCAUGUAUUCCCAAAGCGGGCACCAUAUGCUAGGCCCAAUUUCCUACAGAAUACUGCUCGAGCUGCAGAAGUAUGGAUGGAUGAGUACAAACAGCAUUUCUAUAAUCGAAACCCUCCAGCAAGAAAAGAAGCUUAUGGUGAUAUUUCUGAAAGAAAAUUACUACGAGAACGGCUGAGAUGCAAGAGCUUCGACUGGUAUUUGAAAAAUGUGUUUUCUAAUUUACAUGUUCCAGAGGAUAGGCCAGGCUGGCAUGGAGCUGUUCACAGUAUUGGGAUUUCUUCUGAAUGUUUAGAUUAUAAUUCUCCUGACAACAACCCCACAGGUGCUAACCUUUCACUGUUUGGAUGCCAUGGCCAAGGAGGAAAUCAAUUCUUUGAAUACACUUCAAACAAAGAAAUAAGGUUUAAUUCUGUGACGGAGUUAUGUGCAACAGUCCCUGAGCAAAAGAAUUAUGUCGGAAUGCAGACUUGUCCUAAAGAUGGGUUCCCUAUUCCAGCAAACAUUAUUUGGCAUUUUAAAGAAGAUGGAACCAUUUUUCAUCCACACUCGGGACUGUGUCUGAGUGCUUAUCGGACACCUGAGGGCCGGCCCAGUGUACAAAUGAGAACUUGCAAUGCUCUAGAUAAAAAUCAGAUCUGGAGGUUUGAGAAGUAGGAGAGUACAAACUGCACUUCGGUCAUGAGCUGACAAUAGCUUCAGGAAAGUCAAAGAGCCUUCACAGAGCCUCAGUGAAGAUUGCAUUUUAUCAGAAAUCACCUAACAGUCAUCUGGAGAGCUCUGUAAAAACUGUGGUUCAUUUUGGUAUAUUACACUGAAACUGGGUGCACAGAGUGCUGCUGUUUAAUAUUUCAAGGUGCCUUACUUAUGGGUUGUUUUAUUUAAGAGCUUUGUCAAUAUGGUCCCUGACAUAGCCUCAAAGAAGUGACUGUGAAUUGAGAUGCACAAAACAUUUAAGUGCCUGACUUAAUGUUAAAGAAUGUAAAAAUCUAAGCAAAAUGAGGUAUGGUUUAUGGUGAUGGGUAGUUCACUGUAUGUCCUAUUUAAAAAAAGGAAAAAAAAAACUUAUAAACGUGUAGUUUGAACUAAUGCUCUUUUGGUUAUAUAUAGAAUUUUAAUUUUUUUAGCCAGCGCAUUGAAUUUUAGAUUUUAUUUUUUUAAUCUAAUUUUCUUUUAAUCAAAUAGAAAUCAAAGAAAGUUCAUCUGAUGGAAAAAGGACUGGUUUAGGUGUAUGUAUCAUGGAAGAGGUUAUUAGUUUGAAUGUGAGUUUGCACGUCUUUUUACCAUGCAGACAUCUCAGAAAAAUAUACACACAUCUGAAUGAAGUGGGGAGUCAUUUACAUUCCACACUUUGUAAACUUGAGCUAUUGGACUUACUGAUCUCUUGUGAUACCUCAAAUCACUCUGACUCUGUGAGCUGUCCUCUCUGUGAACUUUUUUGUGUGUGUAGGGCAUUUUCUGACUGUACUUCCUUGCGUUAUAAAUGUACUGGAAAGGGACUCAUUCAGGAUACUGUUCCUCCCUUUGUUAUUGUUUAAUUAUUUAAAGUAAACACAGCUGAGGCCUCUCUGAAGUUAAACCCAACUGUGUUACUGAAAUGUGUGAAACUGAAAGUGGACCAGGUUCUCCAAGGGCUGCAGUACUCUUGUAUGAGUUCUUACGGAUUAGAAAAUUUAAGUAUUUUUUCUAAGAUGUCACAGAAAAUGAACUGCCUUGGUAAUUGGAAGAGCUGCCUUCCAGCUUAUUUUCAGCAACUAGUGCUGAGCCUGGCACUUAGCAGUUUUCAGUAAGUGGUUGAGUGACUGAAUGAAUGAAUGGCUUAUCUGAGGACUUCAGUCAUUUGGUGUGUUUGGGCCUCAGUUUCCUCAUCUGUAAAAUGAGGGUGCUGGAUUAUAUUUUGAAGAUCCCUACUAGCUUUGAAAUGUUAUGACUGUAUAUUAUGUCCUUCUCAGAUUCAGUCACUGUGCAAUCUUUACAACACUUUUUAUCUCUUCACUUUUAACAUUUUUAACAUAGGUAAUAUUGUUGAGCAAUGUAUAGUCCAGUUAUGAGGCUGGAAAAGAGAAAGUUUACAAAAUUAAGUGAGUUGAGCUCAACUAAAGUGGUUUAUUUUGGUUUGGGUGGAAUGUUGUUGUGUUUAUUUUCAUUUCAUUUUGAUAACUGUUGAAUCAAUUUUGUUUUGAAAACCUUUUAAACUCUAAGAAUAUAAAUAUUGCCCAAACUAAGUUAUUUGAGAAGUAAAUAUACUUUUUUAAAAGGGUAUUUUUUACUGAUUUUAUUCCAGUGUCAUAUCUGGAAACCAUAGGCUGAAUUUAGAAUUAAAUUUCAGUUAUUUCACUUUGAUCUAGAUUUAUGGAAAGCAUUAUGCUCUAUAAGGAAGUAAUCCAAAGUACUCAUAAAUAAAGUUGUUUUCAGUGUUUACUUAAUGACUUGUUUUAAGGAAGUUUUUUAGAAUAGUUGAAAAAAAGAAAAUUGAUGUGUAUUGUCCAUAUUUUCUGUUUUGCCUCUUGAAAUGAAAAUGUAUUAAUGAUUUCUAUAAGUUAUCUAGCACCCUGAAAGUUUUCGAAGAAUGAUCCAGCUUCCUUAUGCACUGUGCAUGUCCCUGGGUAUAAUUUAAGAAGGAUUUAUAAUAAAGCUCUGGAUUUUUCAAAAAGUUUAAUUGGCAGCAGGUAUUCUCCUAAACCCAUCCAUCCUCUCCCCUUGCACAGUCUGCUUUUUUUUUUUUUUAAAGCCACCCUUUCUAUUUUUGAAUUGUGUUCUUUUUGUUAGCCCCCUAUUGGGUGGUAGAACUAAAAUUGAUAUGGUCUGGAUACCCUUACUGGAAUUAUUUUUUUUCUAGUGUCUUGCUACUCUUGUCAAAAUGGAGAAGCAGCUUUUAAAAAUAAAGUGCCUAAUUCUAUAUUUACAUUUUGCUCUAACUUGCUGGGUGUGACCCAGCAAUCUUUUUGGAUAAAACUUCAGACAAGUGCUUUGUAUCAAUGACUCAGAAUGAUUAGAUUGUUCAUUACUUACAACAGUGUAGAUAACAGAAGAACAAGAAUGUCCCAUUUCCGUAUAUAGCCAUGUUCCAGUUUAACCCCCAAAACAUACUGUAAGCUACAUACAAAAUGUAUUUUGAUUUUCUAAUUUAAAUUUAUUGGUACCAAAGUUUUCUUUUCCUGUAGACAAUUUAAAAUUGACCUUUUAAGUUAAUUUGCCUAUUUAAUAACAGUUUUAGUAGAACAUUUGGUAGGCAAGGAUUUCAACUUUAAAUGUUAAUUGUAUGAAUAGAUUCGAGAGACAUUUUAGCAGUCUUUAUUUAAAAACCUGAUCAUCUGAAGAAUCUCUGUAAUGCAGAAUAACCUGUUUGUAAUAGAAAAUUUGUUUGUCUACCCAGUGGUAGGUUCCAGUAUAUUUAUUGUGUGUUGACAAAUAAAACUUUUCUAGGUUGAAGUCAGGAGAUUAUUUUUAAGUUGUAUUGUUUUAGUUGGUUUGGAGGUCUCAGUUUUAAUUCGUAAAAUACUUGGUUUUGACUUAUUUGUCCUUUUGAAUUGCUGUUUUAAUAACGUUUUAAAAUGAGCACAACGAAUGUUGAGGUUCAGAUUAAUCUUUUUAACGAUGAAUUUUUUUCUGUGUGAUUAUCAAUUUCCAUACUUCUUCUUCCAUUAAUGGUUUCUGCAGUGUUGAUUAAGACAUUUAAAUAAAAUGUGUGCUGAAUUAUUUUUGCAAAUGGAUUCUGAUGAUUUUAUUCUCAUUGGAUUACUGCCCUGUGUAUAUAUUUAUUAAUGGUAACUGUGGUAAAUUAAGCUUGUAAUUCUUCUACUUAUUUGAAAAUGCAAACAGUAGAAUAUAAGAAAGACAAGGUUCCUGCAUUAUUUUGCAAGGUAUCAUUAACCAGCAACCUUCUGAAGUGAUGUUAGCUCUGUUAUUGCAUUAACUACUCAUGAACAAAC